UUGAAGAGAACAAUUUUACAAUAAUUCUGGUUCCGGUGUCAGCAACGUUAGCAACAAUGGAAGAUUAUCUGCUGGAAGAGAAGACCGCGUUCGUCGUGGAAGAAGUGAGCAAAAUCAUAAAGGAUUCCGUAGAAACGGUGAUCGGAGAAGUCUCCUACAAGCACGGCAGAGUGAACCAGUGGACCACCAGCGUGGUGGAGCAGUGCCUCAUUCAGCUCAGCAAGCAGGGGAAGCCCUUCAAAUACAUCGUAAACUGCAUCAUCAUGCAGAAGAAUGGAGCAGGGCUGCAGACAGCAAGCACCUGCUUCUGGGACAACGCCACUGAUGGAAGCUGUACAGUGAGAUGGGAAAACGAGUCCAUGUACGUCAUCGUCAGCGUUUUUGGCCUGGCCAUCUGAAGCCGCAACACAGUAUUAGACAUCUGUCGGAUUUUCUCUUGUUCUCUGCUAGCAGAACGUUUAGUGCCUUUUUUAAGAAAAUGUCAUAUUUAUACAUUGGGUGCAAUAAACAUCUUUACCAUG